CGAUUAGGAAAGACGAUCGACUGCCAUCAACAUCAACGUGGAGGAUGAGAGGGAGACAGCAAACAGGCAUCGUUCAGUUCCAAUGCCGUAUCUUCGGCAUCAGGAGACUGGCAUGAUGUGGUCCACGCAGUGGCUACAUGCACUGGUGUACCGAAGCACAUUCUCAGUGCCCAUUUAGUCACUACUGGAACUAGCAUUUACGAGAGUCCCAAGAGAGAGAGCUAUGCGCCUCUCUGUACCAACCAGAAAUACUGUCUGAUGAACAUCCAACAGCAUCCGCCACAAGGAUAGGCGAAUGGGGAUCAGGGGUUUAUGGGGCGGCAGGUAACCGCUGAAAUCAAUCAAAUCCACUCGAUGCUGAGCAUGCUAUGGAUGCGAACAAUAGGAUUCGUGCUAAUGCUUGUGUCUACAGGAUCGCCACUGAAUCCACCUACAGAAGAGCCGUCUUGGAAAGGCAGAUACCGCAUUGCUCGCUCGUUGCGUGUUGCAACAGUACCUGAAGCGCAUCCUCGGCUGGCAUACCCCUAUCCAUCCGUCGGAGAUCGCAAGCUUGGAAUCGCAGGAACAAGGGGGCAUCACAAUAAUAAGGAAUAAGGAAUAAGGAUUCUGGUGGCAGCAAGUCGAGGACGUCAGUGAACCUGGGUGGCUGCCUUAGUCAGCAAAGUGACGAAUCCUUAAAUAGCUUCACGCUUCCCUGAAGCAGCGCAGCCCGCUCUGGUACUGCUGUCUGGCAUCAUUCUACUAGAGUCAUAUCAUUUUAAAGAGCAAAAAGAGCCUUCGGUGCUCCUUUCUUCUUCUUCCCCUUUAAUUCCUGUCCCAGCUUUUUCGCUAUUUGCUGGUUUACCCUUGUCUAUAGUUCUUCUACCUUUGUCAGCGGAGAACUCUUCUCCAUCCUUCAAUAUGUCGAUAUCUGCCCCCCAGAUCCCAAUCGAAGUGCCCAAGCGGCGUCGUAUUGCCGUCUUGACCUCCGGAGGUGAUGCUCCCGGCAUGAACGGCGCCGUUCGCGCCGUCGUCCGUAUGGCCAUCCACUGCAAUUGCGACGCUUUCGCUGUCUUCGAAGGCUACGAAGGUCUCGUCCACGGUGGCGACAUGAUCCGCCAGAUGCAUUGGGAGGAUGUCCGAGGUUGGCUCUCUCGUGGAGGUACUCUGAUCGGGUCCGCUCGUUCCAUGAGCUUCAGGGAGCGCACUGGCCGUCGCAAAGCUGCCAAGAACAUGGUCAUCCGAGGAAUCGACGCCUUGAUUGUUUGCGGUGGUGACGGCAGUUUGACGGGCGCUGAUGUCUUUCGCUCAGAAUGGCCCAGUCUGCUUCAGGAGUUGGUCGAGGCUGGCGAAUUGACACAGGAGCAGGUCGAUCCAUUCUCUGUGCUCAACAUCGUCGGACUGGUCGGUUCGAUCGAUAACGAUUUGUCUGGCACUGAUGCCACCAUUGGCUGCUACUCAUCUUUGACCCGCAUCUGCGACGCCGUCGACGAUGUAUUCGACACUGCUUUCUCGCACCAGAGAGGUUUUGUUAUCGAGGUUAUGGGGAGACACUGCGGCUGGUUGGCCUUGAUGGCUGCCAUUAGCACCGGUGCCGACUGGCUUUUCAUUCCCGAGAUGCCUCCGAAGGACGGCUGGGAGGAUGUCAUGUGUAGCAUGAUCACGAAGAACCGUAAGGAGCGGGGAAAGCGCCGCACGAUCGUCAUUGUUGCCGAAGGAGCCCAAGAUCGGAAUCUGAACAAGAUCUCGAGUACAACCAUCAAGGACAUCCUGACCGAUCGAUUGGGUCUGGACACUCGUGUCACGGUCUUGGGACACACACAGAGAGGCGGCCCUGCUUGCUCGUAUGACCGCUUGCUUUCGACUUUGCAAGGCGUCGAAGCCGUCCGAGCGGUGUUGGACAUGACACCCGAGACACCGUCGCCUGUCAUUACUAUCCGCGAGAAUAAGAUUGAACGCAUGCCCUUGAUGCAGGCAGUUCGCGACACGAAAAAGGUAGCUGCUUGUAUCCAGGCCAAAGAUUUUGAAUCUGCCAUUUCCUUGCGCGACGCCGAAUUCAAAGAAUACCAUCGGUCCUAUCUCCAUACAGCCACCCCGGAACACCCAAAACUAAUUCUCCCAGAGCAUAAGAGACUUCGGGUUGCCAUCAUUCAUGUUGGAGCACCGGCUGCCGGUAUGAACCAGGCUACCCGAGCUAUUGUCGCCUACUGUCUUACUCGUGGGCAUACGCCUCUCGCCAUUCACAACGGCUUCCCGGGUCUCUGUCGACACCAUGCGGAUAAGCCAGUCAGUUCUGUUCGUGUAGUCGAGUGGCUGGAGUCGGAUAACUGGGUCAACGAGGCUGGUUCGGAUAUCGGAACGAACCGCAGCCUACCAUCAGAGGACAUGGAGGGCACUGCGAAAUGCUUCGAGCUUUACAAGUUUGAUGCCUUGCUUGUUAUCGGCGGUUUUGAGGCUUACACUGCUGUGAGCCAACUUCGAAAGGCCCGCAGCCAAUAUCCUGUUUUCAAAAUCCCUAUGGUUGUUCUACCGGCAACUAUCUCGAACAAUGUUCCCGGCACAGAAUAUUCACUAGGAAGUGAUACCUGCCUGAACACCCUGGUUACGUUCUGUGAUGCCAUUCGGCUGUCGGCUUCAUCGUCCCGUCGUCGUGUUUUUGUGGUCGAGACGCAGGGUGGAAAGUCAGGAUACAUUGCUACUACUGCCGGUCUAGCUAUUGGUGCUGUAGCAGCGUAUAUCCCUGAAGAAGGCAUUAGCCUCAAAAUGCUAUCACGGGACAUUGACUUCCUUCGUGAGAACUUUGCCAAGGACAUGGGCGCUAACCGCGCUGGCAAGAUUAUCCUUCGCAAUGAGUGCACCUCUUCCACAUACACUACGCAAGUAAUUGCAGAUAUGAUCCGGGAGGAAGCACAUGGCCGGUUCGAGUCGCGUGCUGCAGUGCCAGGGCAUUUCCAACAGGGCAGUAAGCCAUCGCCAAUGGACCGUGUGCGGGCCUUACGUAUGGCCAUUAAGAGCAUGCAACAUGUUGAAGAAUACACGGGAAUGUCACCCGAUGAGAUCGCGGCCGAUGAAAAAUCAGCCUCCGUCAUUGCCACCAAGGGAACCCAAGUCCUGUUUUCGCCUCUCGGCGGCAAGGAUGGUCUGGAAGUGAAUGACACCGACUGGGAUCGCCGCCGCCCUAAGACUGAGUCCUGGUUGGAGUUGCAGAACACUGUCAAUAUCUUGUCCGGACGCUCCAAUCCUGGUAGCAAUCGUGAAGAGGGAUGGACUUGUUAUGAAAGCUCGUCAGAUGAAGUAGUGAAUCUUCCAGUUCUUCCGAUCCCCACCAGAAAACAGGCCAUAGAGUACUAGAUCCAGCAUGGAGAAGAUGCUUUGGGAUGAUAUGAAUUUAAAAGUAUGCUUCAUGAGGCAAAGUUAAAUAAAAUGGGUGUGUCUACGGUCACUGGAGUGGGA